AUGACGUCUCAGAUUUCACAGGCGAUUCUUGUGACGAAGCAGUUCUAUUACUUUAAGGAGUAUAUAAAGAGAUUGAAGAAAGUUGUGGGGAUCAAAGUUGAGGGGGCGUUGGUGUCAAUUAGUGCUGGAACAAAUGAUUUCCCGAUUAGCUACUACGAUCUUCCUUCUAGAAGAGACGAUCUCUCCAUGGAAGAUUACCAGGAUUAUAUAUUGAAGAAGCUUCAGAAUUUCAUCAAUAUUCUCGAGAACAUGUUUGAUGCAUCAGAACACCGAUGCUCGAGUCUACAAUCAGAAGCUCAUGAAUCUGCUGUCGCAUAUUCAAUCUUCUUUGAAAGGAAGCCAGAUUAUGUACCCAGAUAUCUACACUCCGAUGAUGGAGAUGAUCCGAAAUCCACGAAAACAUGGUAA